AUUUAAAUAUGCAUAAAUGCCCGAGCGCCUUCAUUUUAGGCAGGGAACGCCUAGUUUGAAGACUACGGAGCCGUAAAGAUGUUGCCGCAACUUAUUGCAGUCCUGUUUUUGCUGGGAAAUUACGGGCUUGCCGUGGACGCGAGCAUGAAUAAAUCCAGUCCCGUGCCCAAUAAUUCGUCUGGGGAUUUCAAUGUCAGCAAACUGAUAAGUGAUCUUCUCGACGGUUAUGACAAAAGACUUCGCCCUAACUUUGGAGGUCCCCCCGUCAAUGUGUCUGCUUCUGUCUUCAUUGAGUUCAUUGGGGAUAUCGAUGAAAUCAACAUGGAAUUUACGACAAUCAUGUACUUCCGUCAGUACUGGGAAGACGAGCGUUUGAAAUACAACCAGACGGGAUACCAAAAGAGACUUGCCUUUAAUCCUGAAAUGCUCAAGUUUAUCUGGGUUCCAGACACACAUUUUCCAGGAAUCAAGGACGGGCUUAAACACGACAUCACUGACACCAAUGAGGUGGUCCGACUGUGGCCUAAUGGAACCGUUCUGUACAGCAUGAGACUGAAAGUAACAUCACAGUGCCCAAUGAACCUGAUAAAUUUCCCGAUGGAUAAACAGAAAUGUUAUCUAAACAUUGAAGCUUUCAGUUACGAUGAACAGGAGUUGAUCCUUCAAUGGCAUCACAAAAACCCUGUGAUGGUGUCGGACAAAAUUCAGAUCCCCAGCUACACUUUGACCUCUCAUGAACAUUACACAGAUACUGAGGAUUUCUCGACUGGAACUUACUCUCUCCUAACAAUUCAAUUUGAUUUGACUCGUCGAUUGGGAUUCCACAUGAUUCAGAUUUACUUGCCGUGUUACCUAAUUGUGGUCCUGGCCUGGGUCAGUUUCUGGGUCGAUCGCGAACAAACUGCCGCCAGGAUUGCCAUGGGAAUCACCACUGUACUCACCAUGGCAACGCUGAUUGGUAGUGCCAGGACUUCUCUACCAAAGGUUUCGUACGUUAAGUCCUUGGAAUGGUUACUCAUUAUGUGCUUUCUGUUCGUGUUUUCCGCCAUCUUGGAAUACGCCUUUGUGUCGUAUCUGGUGUUCAAACAGCGAGAGGAGGAGCGAAACAGGUUUGCAAUGAGAAAGAAACACGACGAGGACAAAGCUUGCGAAGCAGCAGAGAAAUUACUCGAUAAUGACAAAACGCCUCCGUCGCCUGGCAGCCGCCCCUCUUCAGGUCAGGAGGCAGUCUGGAUACCAGGAAAAUCCCAGGUUGAGACUGUGGCGAGACCAGGCAGGUGCCGAGGUUCCAAAAAACCUCAGACAGAGGAUCACUACGUCAGGAUCCUCAAUACUGUGGAGUUUUUCUCCAGGCUGCUGUUUCCAGUGGUGUUUAUCUUUCUGAAUAUCGCUUACUGGCUCUACUACGGAGGAAUCCUGUGAAAGGAGACUCGGGUGGAGAAUGGUGGCAGAAGUGUUGGAGAGGAGGAGGCAUGUGUAGCUCUCUUUUCAUAAUUACAUGGUAAUGAAUCUGCUUUACUGAGCGUUUAUUGGCGUUUUUUUUUCAUAAUUAAGUACUUUAAAAGGUUUUAAUCCUAUAUGAAAGGUUUAUUGAAGCUGGUUUAUGGUUAUUUUGCAUAACGUCAGAAUUCAUUCCAGUGCGCAUGUACGUCCAGUUUAUUCUUGAGUUUGAAUGCAACGACAGAGGAUGGGAAGUUUUUUGAGAUAUAGAGUGGACUUCUUUAGGGUUGAUUACGACGAAGCAGGGAGAGAAGGUAAUUUUUGGAGAAAUUCCGUUGAGGAUUUCAUGAUAUAGCAAUAAUACUUACGCGGAACCUUAAGUAAAAUGGUGUUUGUUAUAAGUCGAAGCCGAAGAUAUAAGUUCUCUUUACAACGAAUGAUUGAAACAAAAAACAAGUAAGAAUUACUGAGUUUUCCUAUAGAUACUUCGAUUUGUUAUAGUAUUGUCAUAGGAAACACGGAAAUAAAAGCACAAAUGGUAAGGCCAAAUAAUACAGAAGUUUGUUACUUAAUAAUCAAUUAAUUUAAAAUCCAUGAAGAAUUUCAGGUUUCCGUCUCAGAGUGAAGUGCUUUACAUUUGUUGAGUCUGAGAGGAAGGUGUUCGCUGUUAACAUCCAUUUUAUUAACAUCGACUUAGGUUGUUACGCCAAUAAGCCAGUAUACGAGUGGUAUUUGUUGUUAGCUUUUUAACUUUUAACUUAAAUGCUUAAAUAACAAAGUUAUUUCAGUUGGGAGCAAGUUUUACAACUUGUGGAUCAUUUACUUCUUCUUGAAUUAAAUACUUUGUAGACCGCUAUUUCAAGAUUUUAGAUGACCUCCGAUAAAUUGUUACACAAGUAUGUAAUGGAAUACUCACAACAGUUUUCGCGACUAAAAUCAGUGUAAUCAACUGCUA